GGCGGCGAGCGGAGCACGGGGAGCAGGGCGGGCGGGCGCGGGCGGCUCCUCAGGCGCCGAGAGGGCACGGCGACGGCGACAAUGACAACGGCAGCGGCUGCGGCUGCCUCAUCGCCACCGCCGCCGCCGUGACUCAGCCGCGCCGCUUCCGGGUCCGGCCGCCGGCCCGCCCCUUCUGAAUAUUCAUGAAAGGCGGGGCCACUGGCCCUCUCUCGGGGACCGGAUGCUGGGUUCCGCUGCCCCGCCCUUCUGAAUAUUCAUGAGGGGCGGGAGCGCUGUCGUCGGUGACCGAGCGGUGGUCUCCCUGCGGCCCCGCUUUCUUUUGAAUAGUCAUUCGAGGGCACGACCGCUGCAACCAGUUUCGUGCCCGGUCACUCCGUUCCCCGAGGCCUGCCCCGUCAUUGAAUAUUUAUGAACCGGGAGGGCUCGAGGCUGCGGUCACCAGGUCGAGGCCCAGCUGCUCCGCUUCCAGUGGCCCCGCCCUAUUUGAAUAUUCAUCAAGGGGCGGGGUCCGUCGUCGCUCUCGCUGGGCUGCGGUGCUCUUUUUGCAGCGGCAGCUGGGAUGUACCAUUUCCUCUCGAGGGGAGAGCGAGGGGGUUGGGGGAAUGGCCGGGUCCAUUUGCCGCUUCCGGCGCGUUGCCGUGGCUGCUGCCAAAAACUUCCGGCGUGCCGGGUGGGCGCGGGAUUGCAGCGAGGGCUGUCCGCUGGCAGCAGAGAGGGACGGCGAUGCCUCCCAAGGCGGCCGACAAGCGCCGGCAGGGCCAAGGUGGACCUUCAGGCGGAAAGGCAGGAAAAGCUGGUAAAGCUGGACAUAAAAAAAAGGAUGAAGAUGACUUCCCUGAAAUGGGAGAGGACUGGUCAACAGGAAGGGCUGCAGUCAGAUCCCCAGAUCAGAUGGAACUGACUGAAGAUGAAUUAAAAAAGGAAGUUACACGUACCUUGACAGCUAAUAAUCCCCAUAUUCCCCAGAAUAUCGUCAGAUUCAGCUUUAAAGAACGAGCAUACAAGCUAGUGGACAAUAUGGAUCAAACAGCCAUUCACUUCACUUUGAAUGGAUAUUUGAUACACAAAGAUUCAGAUGAAGGCAGACGCCAGAGUAUCAGAUCAAGCACUGAAGCAGAAGAGACUCCUGUUGACGAGGAAAAGGCUCCUGUGGAGGCUUCUGCUGAGGGAACUGAAGAGGCAGAGACUAAAGAUGAAGAACCCACAGAAGAUGCUGAGGCUGCAGGAGAGGGAGAAGGAGAAGGAGAGGGAGAAGGGGAAAAAGAAGCUGAAGCAGCUGAGGCGGCAGAGGCUGAAGAGCCUCCUCCCCCAAAAGUGACAGAAAGGAAGCUUGCAAACCAGUUCAAUUUCAUUGAGAGAGGUUCAACUACAUACCACAAUCCUCCGCGGGAAAAAGGAUUGCAAACUGACCCUGCACCUUUUGAAACUUUCUCAGACAAUGCUAACCAGUGGUUUAUCUAUGAUGCCUAUAUGGAGGAACUUGAGAGAAUGGAAAAGGCAAAAGAGAAAGAAAAAGCAAAACCUGCAGCAGUAAAGAAAGAAGAUAAGAAAACUGGAAGAAAGUUAUCCUAUGUGGAGCCACCGCAGGUUGAUUCUCUAAGAAAGGUUGCAAGGGCUGCUAAAAUAGCGGAACGGAUGGUGAACCUGAACACAUAUGAUGACAUUGCACAAGAUUUUAAAUAUUUUGAGGAUGCAUCAGAUGAAUUCAGAGGCCAGAAAGGAACCCUCCUCCCACUCUGGAAGUUCCAGUAUGAAAAAACCAAGAAACUUGCAGUUACUGCCCUCUCCUGGAAUCCAAAGUACAAGGACCUAUUUGCAGUGGGGUAUGGUUCUUAUGACUUCAUGAAGCAGGGCCAUGGCAUGCUCCUGCUCUACACCCUGAAGAACCCCUCCUUCCCAGAGUACUCCUUCAGCAGUGAGAGUGGUGUCAUGUGCCUGGACUUCCACAGUGACCACCCCUACCUCCUGGCAGUGGGCUUCUACGACGGCAAUGUGGCCAUCUACAACCUGAAGAAGGCAAGCUCCCAGCCCAGCUACAAGAGUAGUGCUAAGUCAGGAAAGCACACAGAGCCAGUGUGGCAGGUCAAGUGGCAGAAGGAUGACAUGGACAACAAUUCCAACUUUUUUUCUGUCUCAUCGGAUGGGCGGAUUGUUUUGUGGACUUUAGUUAAGAAUGAGCUGGUUCACAUGGAUGUCAUCAAGCUGUCAGCAGAUGAAACAACGAUGCAGGGGCCAGAGGGGCUGCAGCUGCAAAUGCUUGGCAGUGGGACAUCGUUUGAUUUUCACAAAAAGAUUGACUAUUUGUUUCUCGUUGGUACUGAAGAGGGCAAGAUCUAUAAGUGUUCAAAAAGUUAUUCAAGCCAGUUUCUGGAUGUGUUUGAAGCCCAUCACAUGGCUGUGGACACAAUCAGCUGGAAUCCCUUCCACUUGAAAGUCUUCAUUUCCUGCAGCUCUGACUGGACAGUCAAGAUCUGGGAUCACACCAUCAAGACUCCAUUGUUUGUUUAUGACCUGAGUACUGCUGUAGGGGAUGUUGCGUGGUCUCCUUACUCCUCCACAGUGUUUGCUGCAGUCACCAUUGAUGGCCAGGCCCAUGUGUUUGAUCUGAACAUUAAUAAGCUUGAACCUCUCUGCACCCAGCUAGUGGUGACCAGGAAGAAAAAUAAAACAACACAUGUCCAGUUUAAUCCUGUCUACCCUAUUAUCAUUGUUGGAGAUGAACGAGGCCUCACCAUCUGCUUGAAGCUCUCUCCCAAUCUGCGCAAGAUGCCCAAGGAGAAGAAAGGCCAGGAGGUGAAGAAAGGUCCCGAGGUGGAAAUAGCAAAACUGGAGAAGCUGCUCAGCCUGGUGAGAGAGCCAGGGAGCAAGGAAGAGCAGUGAGAGAGGGGGAAGAUGACUCUGUGGGCAGCCUCUGGCCAAACAAGCUCAGCUUUAAUUGGUGGCUGCUUGGCAUGCAAGCCACAGGCCCCUGCUGCCCACUUUUUGCACAGCAGAAACACUUUUCCUCUGUGCCCAAACAAACAAACCGAGGUGCAGGGA